AUGACUUCUCAAGGAAGGCCACCUGAGCCUGCAUCAUCUGCCAGUUACCAGGAUGCACACCUGUCUGUAUCGUCAUGUCCUUCCACCGGCCCACAAGUUCCAAGGUCACCGGCAUUUGCUACUCGUCAGGAAAAGGUGGAGGCCAUGGAGGAUAGGCAGAUACAUAGGUAUCAGACGACCGGUAUUGUGUGCAACGUAACGCCUACGUCUUCGUCCAGGAUGCCGCCACCUAACGUUCCAUCACGCCCGCUAUCUGGAAACCGAGAGGCUAUCCUUCCUCCCUCCUCCGGGUCCACUCGUCCUAUCUCAUCACCUCCGCCCACCCAAGCUGAGCUGUCCCAUCUCAGUACGACGAGGCAGCGCGGAUGGCAGAUCUCCACUCCAUAUACGUUUGCACCUCAACCGUUCCAACCUAAUGCAACAGCACAAUACGGUCUGGUACCACUAUCCACACCCUCUCAUGCUUCAGUUCCUAGUAUGGCGAGACAGCAUGGAAGUCCUAGUACCACACCCUCGGUUACCACACCCGCAUCUGCAUCGUCUACGCAGUCAUGCCCUCCAUUUCUCAGUACGACGAUACGUCGCGAGUCUCAAGUUAACUCACUUCCUGCUCAAACUGACGUCACGGAAUUGUCAUCUGGUUCCUCUGAGCAGGAAGCAGAGGACACCCGACAUCAUCCAAAACGUCGUAAACGCGCGCAAUCACAGAACGAGAAGCCAGUCAAGAAAUCAAAGGGGACGGGCUCUACAUCUACUGCGCCAAAGAAGGGGAGAGGUGGACGUCAGCCAGGAGCAUUUAACUGGCGGCUGGACGAGGAUAUUUGUGUGGUAGACAUCUUCCACGACAGGAGCCCAAUCUCCAGCUCAGAGAUGAAAGAGUGUGCGAAAAUAUACAACAUCUGGGCAAACGCUAAUGGGUAUCCCCAGCGCGAAGAGGAUAAAUUGAAGAAACGGGUCGACAAGCUCAGCAAAACUCUGAAGCCUGCCGAUGGCCCUCUACCAAAGCACAUAGAGAAGGCCAUGCAGAUCAAGCCCCGGAUACAAGCACGAUUGAAGGCCAUCAUCGACGACGCGCAGGAGGAUGAGUCUGAGACUGCGUCAACUCAUCACAGCGAGUCGGACCUGUCUGCAGUAGAGGAAGUUAGUAAGGAACAAGGCAAAGAGAAAGGAAAGGGAAAGGUAUGUACUCAUGCAGCAUCCUUCGUAUCGAGUCGAUGACAUCCUUGUAGGAGACAUAUCAGCCUGACCAGGACCCCACUCGCAAGCCAGCUGUCAAGCCUUGGAGAGCAACAGCAGCAGCAGCAGAAGAGGCAAGGGUUCAACAUGUUGCCGCCCAACCACCUGAGGCUCGUGCUGAACAUUCUGCUGAUCUCCUUGACCAGUGCACGGCCAAUGCUCUUGCCUUGAACCAGAUAUACCAUCUUCAGCAGACUAUCCGUGCUUUGCAGGCAAAGAUAGAUGAUCUUGAACGUCUACUUAGGCGUUCAAGAGACGAAACAUAUGCUGCUCAACGUGCUGCCGACCGUGCAGAAACCAAGUUGGAUAUGCAGAGCAUGCUCUUACAGAUGUAUGGUUAUGGAUCACGUCUACCUUUUGUUCCCGCUCUCUCCUCCCCCUCUCAGAUACCUCACCAUCGUUCGUCCCUGGAUAUGAGUGAUACAACUCCUGGGGCUGGUCCCUCAGAUUCUGCUCCUCAUCGCAUCCCAUGUUCUCGAGAGCCCUCUGACUCUUGAAUAGGUUGUCCUCUGAAGUUAGACCUACUACUCUAAAAAAGAAUAUAUAGU